UGUAGCCCUAGUCACACGGAAGCCCAAAGCGAUCAUCUUUCUUCUCUCCGACGUCCCAAUAAUAAUAAUAAUUGAGAGAGAGAUAACGAAGGAAGGAUUAAGGAAUAGAGCUAGCACCGGAUCAAGAGGAAGAAACAGUGGGUGGGAGGAGAAUAAACUCGAAGAAGCUUCAAUUGGUGGCGUCCGAAUUGGGGUUCAUAUCCUUGAACUUCAUAGGUUUCCAACGCUGCGUCUGAAGGAAUCAAGUGGGAAAGAUACUGUUGCAGAAAAUAGAUAGAGACAGAGAGGAAGAUACAGCGUUUUUGCAUGAGGGCAAAGAUGCUUGGAGAAUGUGGAAGGAUAUUAGAGAUAGAGAAGCGGGAAAACUCCGCCCAAAUUCUUUCGCAAAUCGUGUUAAAUCCGAUCGAACCAGCUCUCUGCAACUUUCCAAUCACAAGGAUAUUAUCUCUCCCCAUAGAGGUUCCGUCAACUCACUUCAGGUUGAUUUGACAGAGGGGAGAUAUUUGUUAUCUGGAGCAUCAGAUGCAUCAGCUGCUGUUUUUGAUAUUCAACGUGCAACUCAUUCCGAGGGUCUUAUUGCAAAGUACCAAUGCAUUUUUGCAGUUGAUAAGCAGCAUGAACAUGGACAUAAAUAUGCAAUAUCCUCGGCCAUAUGGUAUCCCAUUGAUACUGGAUUGUUUGUCACCGGCUCAUAUGAUCAUCAUAUUAAUGUCUGGGAUACAAAUACAACUCAGGUGGUGGUGAAUUUUAAAUUGCCUGGAAAAGUUUAUAGGACAGCCAUGUCCUCUUUGGCAACAUCACACAUGCUGAUUGCUGCUGGGACAGAAGAUGUUCAAGUUCGCCUUUGUGAUAUUUCUUCUGGAGCAUUUUCUCACACAUUAUCUGGGCAUCGUGAUGGUGUAAUGAGUGUAGAAUGGUCAGCUUCUAGCGAGUGGGUUUUGAUUACUGGAGGAUGUGAUGGGGCUAUACGCUUUUGGGACAUCAGACGAGCUGGAUGCUUUCGUGUUCUAGAUCAGUCUCAAUCCCAGCUUGGGAGACGUCCUCCCAUUUCAGGAUGGACUGCAAAUAAGCUGUCAACAUCUAAGUCCCUCUUGGCCAGCCAGGGUUCAAAUAUGAAAUCUCGUGUACCUCAUAAGAAACUAGCCAAUGGAAAUGCAACAAAGCCAUCAUCUACAGGUAAACUGCCAGCUAAGGGAUCCACAAGGCAGAGACUACACCCAGGGCUUUUGUCCAGUCAGGAUCGAGCAGUCUCUCACUAUGGUGCUGUCACUGGAUUAAAAGUAACUGGAGAUGGCAUGUACCUUCUCAGUGCAGGUUCUGAUUCAAGGUUGAAAUUAUGGGAUGUUGAAUCCGGGUGCAAUACACUCGUGAAUUAUGAAACCAUGCGGUUACAGACCAAUAAACCAUUGCAGUUAGCCACAUCUCAGGAUUCAUCCCUUGUAUUUGCCCCAUGCAUGGCGACUGUUAAAGCAUUUGAUAUGUGGACAGGGAAGACAUCCCUGACAUUCAGCGGCCACUAUGAAGGUGUGAACUGUUGCUGGUAUAAUUUCCCAGAUCAGGAACUGUACACUGGUGGCAACGAUAGGCAAAUUCUCGUCUGGUCACCAUCCCGAAACUCUACCGAACUGUGGACUCGCAGGAUUGGGAAUCGACUGCAGACAAGGAUAACUGGAGCGACUGAUUGUCGUCAACAAGGAAAUUUGGUUUCAAUGCUGAUGCCAUCCAUCAGACUCUGCUCACCAUGUACAUAACUUUCCAGAUGUGUAUCAUCUUCCAAUGACUCUGCCCUCUCUUUCAAACUGUGGAUUAGGACGUGCACUAUACUAUUAGCGUGGACUAGGAAAAAGUCCACACCUUGUUCAUUUAGUAACAAACAUGUUUUAUGCUGCAAACCUGCAGCUUGUUGGGUUUGGCUGUGUUGAUUUUUUCGUCGAGUUUGGUUGCUAUAAUGUCUUGGAUUUUCGCGAUCCAUAUGAUUGAAAACUUUGGUUUGUUCUAGAAUUUUACGUCAUGAUUUGGAAAAAGAUGUGGAUUAUAAUCUUGACCGGUUCUUUACCGUACAUUUUUUUUCUUUUAAGAAAUAUAUGGAGGGGAAAUUUUAAUUUUUAUUUGCAA